AUGACUUGGGCCAUCGAGCUAUCUCAGUAUGAUUUGCGAUAUGAGCCCCGACAUGCGAUUAAGGCACAAGCAAUGGCAGACUUCUUGGUAGAAGUAACGGGGGACUCAACCGAGGAGGAGGACAUACGGUGGAGGCUCCACAUGGACGGAGCCUCCAACCAAACAUCCGGAGGUGCCGGGAUCAUCUUGGAAAGCCCUGCCGGGGUCAUAUACGAACAAUCAAUCAAGUCCGAGUUUAUCGUGUCGAACAACCAAGCAGAGUACGAAGCCCUCCUGGGCGGCUUGAUCUUAGCUCGGGAAGUCAGAGCUACGAAGCUAGAAGUGUGCAGUGACUCACAGGUCGUCACCUUGCCAGUAAAUGGAAGCUACCAAGCCAGAGACUCGCUAUUACAAAAGUACUUGGAGAAGGUCAGAGAGCUGAACAAACAAUUCGAGGAGGUCGCAGUCCAACAUGUUCCAAGGGAAAGGAACACACGGGCAAACCUCCUAUCCAAGCUAGCGAGCACAAAACCGGGAGUCGGAAACCGGUCCCUCAUUCAAGGCAUGAUAAAAGAACCAACAGUUGCCCUCCACCUAACAAAGGUAGGCCCCUCCUGGAUGGACCCCAUCACUGAUUUCCUAGAAAACGGCAAACUCCCCGACGACGAGAAGGCAGCCAAAGCAUUGAGAAGGGAGGCAGCCAAAUAUGCGAUUAUACAAGGUCAACUGUUUAAAAAGGGACUCAGUCAGCCCUUGCUGAAGUGCCUGCAUCCCGAUCAAACGGACUACUGGAGAGUCAACCUGCUCGGACCUUUCCCGGUAGGCCCGGGACAAGUUAAAUACCUCAUAGUCGCUAUCGACUACUACACCAAAUGGAUAGAGGCUGAACCACUGGCCAGUAUAUCCUCAGUCAAUUGUCGAAAGUUUAUGUGGAGGCAGGUGAUAACUCGAUUCGGCAUCCCGGAAGUCGUUGUCUCUGAUAAUGGGACACAGUUCACCGACAAGAAGUUUGUGGAGUUUCUCACCGGUCUAGGCAUAAAGCAGAAAUUCUCCUCGGUAGAGCAUCCCCAAACGAACGGUCAAGUUGAGGCGGCAAAUAAGGUUGUAUUGUUGGGCCUCAAGAAGCGGCUGGAUAACAAAAAAGGUGCAUGGGCCGACGAACUCACCUCGGUUCUCUGGUCUUACCGAACAACUGAGUAG